CAAAAGAUAACUACAAGCGAAUCCAAAAAGAUAACAAAAUCAAAAACGACAGGCACCCAAGGACUUUCCACCUCCAAAAAUAAAACUAGAUAAAAUAGUUCGCAUGCGUGACACUUUUGUAUUCCCAAAAAUUCUCAAAUCUUGACUUUUAUGUAGAGUCCAGAGGUAGCAUCACAAGUUCCGAUCUUCCAGACCCAGACAUUUUUGUAUUUGAUAGGUGGUUUACAUAGUACAACUUCAGCGACAAUGUGUCUCUGCGUGAUAUCUGGUCCUUUCUCGCCGGGCAGGUCCUGUCUCGCGCACAUUUCCGGUACGACAACCAGAUCGACAAGAUCUUUCAGCCCUACGAGCACUACAUUCCCGUGCGUCGGGAUCUGAGAGACUUCUACGACAAGUUGAAUUUCCUUUCAGGUGAGUCAAUUCAUGCAAAGAAGUCCGUCGGGACGCAAAGAAGACGCGCGCGAGAGCAAUCGGCUCGAGGUUUUUUUUCUGAAGUGCUUCUAGAAGGAUCUAUCGGGCUAAGUACGCAAGAGCCUGCCUUUCAAGAAGCUGAUACUGUAGGACGACAGCCAAAUGUUCUUGCGGCUGUCUGUCGAGACGUAAAACUGCGAGCAGUUGGUCCCGGUCAUGCCGUGGUGCUCAAGAUCCUGUAAUAGUAUUUCUGGCAGUGAUUUUCAUUGUGGAUCCGUUGCACGUCAUCAUGACUUCCCAAUCUGGAAGAAGUGCACGUGGCGAUCACUAAGUGGCGCACGAGAUCGACGCUGAAGAUCUGCAGCACCAAUCAGAUUUAUUUACAUCCCCAUGCUCCAGUCAAGAUCUUAGCCGAGACGAUGGAUCCCCCCGUGCGGAGAUCUAGCUCACACCCAGCAGUAAAUCAUUUCUUUCAAUUGCUGUAAGUCCGAAACACCAGGACAAGUGGUUGCAGCUGCUCCGUUUUGGUUGUGCAUGCCUUUCUUUCCAAUUAUGGUGUUUCCAGGACGCGUGGCUACGGUUGUUUUUAUGGUUUUGUCUUUCUGUCCGUCAAAAGCGUCAAGAAGUGCCCGGCUUCAGAAUCAAAAAGCCUCGGCCUGUUUGAGUAGCAAGAAGUAGAGAGUAGGCUAGAGCGGAAAUUUUACUUUUAGAAAACACCGUACGCGAUAGUAAAUCCUCCCGGGGUAAUCGAACCGACGUCCAGCAUCAUUCCCAUCUGAUAAGUACUACUUGAUAGCCUAAUGCACAGCACCCAAAGGUUGGUACUGGGUGGAGUUUUUCUUUUUUCCCACAUCAAAAAACCUGCGAUUCAAUCUUAGAAGAACCACCACCAAGCACACAUCGCUCCAAGAUCAUUCAGACCAGCAAUUAUCCCAAAAUGAGCGAUCACCGCGGUGCCAGGCGCAGGCGCGGGUUUCAGUUUGACAAUCAGCCCCACAACAGUGUGCAGCGGGUUAGCCAAAACCCGAAUCUUGUGGAACUGGGCAGUGGAUUGGAAUCUACUGGUGGAGGCGGUCGGGGAUCGGAAUACAAGCAGCGACAGCACUAUCGUAAAAAAAACCUGUUUCCCUCUAACGACCUUGUGAGAAUGCAGCACAGAAGUGGGCGUCUUGCUCGAAAAAAUUGAAGACGGGGCGCCGUUCUCUGUGUUUUUUUUUUUUCCCAGGGAAGGAACGCAUGGCAGGUUAGGUUUCCCCUGUGGUCAUGCAGAGCCAAAGCGCCAUGCAUUUGGUGAAAUAGGUUUUUCGUAUGAUCUCUAUGGGAGGGGCCAGCCAGGUAACGGACACCAGCAGAAUGGAAGAUGCUACCGUUCCCGCGAUCAGUACCGCCGCAGGCGCAGGCGGCGAUCCGGGCCCAGGCCGAAUGCCGAGCUCACGCAGGAGGUUUGCAGAGCAGUGAAUAAGUUGUUUAAGUACAAAAUAUAGCUCCGACAGAAAUGUUCUUUUUGCUAGUUUGCUCUUUGAGCAGGAAGCCUCAAGACGAAAAAGCUCUUCCUAUGUCUUUUCUCAAAUGCAACAGGAAAACGACUUUUCGUACCAGCUUGGAAAAGUGCUCCGAUACGGAAGCGAAGGGGAGGUCGUCUUUACCCUGCUCGUUAACACCGUAUCCACUGCAAAUCUGAAUGGGUCUGGAACUCGCAAGACAUGUGAUACUGGUCUGACAAGAGAACAAAACUUGAUGUCAUGCGCGUUGCGAUACAGCGACGUCGGUUUGUCUUGCAAAAAGGGGCUUUGUCAUGCUCCUUACUCACGAAGUAGUCCCUGAAAAACUUGCCAUGCAGGGCGUGCUACUGGAGGCUGCCUGCCAUCCACACUUUAUUAGCAUGCCAAGUUUCUAGACCCAGACAUGUUUGCAAUGCAUGCGCCGUGGCUGCCAACGACAAGUCUGGGUUUGUGCCGGUCAAAUUGUUGAAACUGGACUACGAGAAGGAAGAGGGUGCCGGCACCUUUCCCGACAUCGAAAAAUAUCCUGUGUAACAACGUCUCCACCCCAGAGUCACGAUGAGGAUUCUUGAACACAAUCCAGAAGUUUUGCGAGUCACGCAUGACAAGUUACGACUUGUAGGGCAGUGCAGGUUGGCAAGUACAGCCGUAUCAAAAAUCCAUCUGAUUUUCCUGUUUUCACCGUCAGUACAAAUGCAAAAACACAAUCGAAAAUGGCAGUCUCUCGUGGAGGUGCGCAUUACAAAUCUUGCUGUAACUGCAAAACUGCGUGAGAAUUCUGGGGGACGUUUUUGCUCAGGAUAAAAAAGUGUGCGGGCUCAGCCGGCGGAAUGAAGGUAUCAUUACUAAUCAAGUAGUGCAAUUGCGUCUCUGGUAUUGCUGCAAGACCACAACAAAUGAAGAUGACGGACGAUUCUUUGGCAUCUUGAUCACGACAGUAUACCAACUAUAUGUUGAUAACUCAAUCUAGGUGAAAUUGGGGAGAUGCGUUUCGAAUUGGGACGUUUCUAUCCUGAACAAAACGUCCCCAUCCCCUGGUCACGACAAACAUUUUGCUGUACACAAGUUUUGCUGCAUGCCGACAAGUCCGCUGCAAGGCGACAAGGACAAGUAGUUUUGGUCAUACACUGACAAUCUUGAAGAUGCACAUUUUGGCCACCUAGCGGGCGUGGCAACGUUGAGCGAACUCCAACAGAAAAAGAAUAGUACACUUUCCAGAUAACGAGAAAACAAUUGCUAUACGACAAGCCAACAAGAAGUUUUAGCUGUUGCGCAUGACAAACUUGGACUCGCCGCGUAAUCGUCUUCAGCUAGUGUGGGAUCAUGACAAAUCGACUGGCUAUACCUUGGGCCUGAUUCCAGCACGGUAAAUUGCAAAACGCAGUACUUACAGAAAAUGCUUCUCAUGCGGCUGCGCAUGCGAUGCAAUGAGAAUUUGAUUUUCGGCCUGCGGAUAAUUUGCAUGACCAACGUGGUGGGGUGGGGACGUUUCUACUCAGGAUAGCUUCGAGGGCGGACUCUAUGUGCGCGACCGCCGGAAGUGCAGCUGGGCGGAACCCAAAGCUCAUCUUCCCGAUAAGCCCAACGUCGCAUGGUGGAAAACGGUCGAGAAUGCGAUCCUCGCCGAGCACUUUGGGAACGAACCUGGAGAGGAAGACUCGACUCCCAGCGGAAGUAUCAAAUGCAAAAAUGUCUGGGUCUGGAAGAAUUCUAGAUUUGUCAUGCAUGAUGUUUUCCAUGAGCCAUGAUGUCUGUGAUGCAUGCCGUAGCAUCACAGAUUUUUAGAAGGCUUUGUGAUAGUACCGGUACCGCAUGACAAAUUUUUGUAGAAUCCACUGACAGCAUUACAAGUUUAGAACCUUCCAGACCCAGACAUAUAUUUGCCAUUGAUAGGAAGUGGUAACGAGCAACUGCGGAACAACUACCGGAGCACGACCUGUACAAGACUGGAGGUGGCGAAGCCCGCUUCUGCAGCGCGGUCGCUUCCGGCGCAAGACGCUGGUAUGCCAAGAAAAAAGUGUUUCACUAUACACAUUGUGUUGGACGAGGACCGGCAAGACCGAAAACCGUUGUGAUGCAGGAAAGGCUUUCGCGCCUCCUUUUUUACGUGUUAGUGUUUUUCCUUAUGAUAUUAUUUCUAUUUGCACUGCUAGUUUUCUCUGACAUGCAGACGAGAAAUAUGCGAUGCUGAAGUUGCAGCAAAUGUGUAUACUGACUGUCACACUUUUUCGUGGGAUAGGAGGUGCAGUGCGAGCAGUGCCACCACCAAGUGGACAUCGUGCGGACUUACACGCACGAGCAGACGACUUUCAACACGAAAGCGUAUCCAGUGCAAACGAUCCUGGAUGUCUGGAAGGAUACAGAGGUUCGUGAUGCAGCUUUCGCAUGACCCAGAAGGUCUGGCAUGCAAGAAGUCCUAGCAUCUUCACAGGCUGUGCGAAGGUCUCGCAAUGCCUUUUCCGAAUGACAAAUCCGCUAUUUCAGUGACAGGAAAGGGCAAACUUUUGCUGCAUCUGAAUGAGGGGUUUGUGUGUAGUAUUGUGAAACGCGCAUCACAAGUUUGCAUCCUUCCAGACGUCAAGGGACAUUUGCGAACGCAUAAAGCGACGACGACGAUGACGCCAGCAUGGCGGACGCGGGCGAUGGUGGAGGCCCGGUCUGUUUGCGACAGGACAGUCGAAGCCGCCACCUCUCGAUGAAAAUACCUGUUCCUACCGCAGCCCCCCCUGCCAGAGAGCACCGGGAGGCAGCAACUCAAGAUCGCAACAUGAAGCACCACGAGAAGGAGAACAAGGCCACGAAAUCCCGCCAUCGCGAACAAGGCGACCGGACUCAUGAAAUGAAGCACGACCUAUCGAGACAAAAAUAAACCUGCUCGCCUAGUUAGUUGAAAAGUUCGUGCUGCUGCUUCAUCGUUUUCGACUAGGUACUCAUCAAAGAUGUCCUAGUACUUGCAACAAGUAGAAUACAGAUACACACUCCUCAAACUCAUGACUUUGAUGCGUUUGCAGGCCAUUUGUAAUGCCAGUUUUCGCAUUCUUGUAGGUAGCGCUGUGCCUGUCCUGUCAUGCUGUCACGAAGUGGAUUCCACUUUUUACCUAGGGGGGGCUUUUGUAGCGUUGAUACGAUGUUAGCCGUCACGACGACGCCAUUCGCCACAAGGAAAAGAAAGAGAAGUAUGGUAUUGGCAAGCCACCCCACUACCGAAAGAGAUUUCCGAAUCGCCUGUGUUCGUUGCUCUAAAAUCGUUUUGCAUGUACCACUGACGAAAAACGUACUAUACGCUCCUCGUUGAAGCGGGACUUGUCAUGGCGAAGCUGCUUUGCAUGCAAGGCAAAGAUUUGCGCGGUGAACCCUACCAACGCAAACAUCGGGAACGAGUAAGUAGGGAAGGGGCAGCAAUUUUGUAUUUGAUACGCAGAAACAGAAAUCUAUAUGAAGUGCGAAUAUGUCUGGGUCUGGAUGAAUGCAAGAUCUGUCAUGCCUGUCUGGCAUGACUGAGAAAUUUGUGAUGUGUGAUGUCCAAGAAGAGACAUUUUUACUUGUCAUGCAAAAACGCAGUUUGUCAUGCAUAAAACGCAGCACCAAGCAGUGCAGAUAUUUCUCGUGCUUGGCUGCGCAUUGAAGACGAAGAGCAUUCACUAUUGUUAUUCCCAUCCCAGCAUUACAAGUUUCCGCAGCCAGACAUAUUUGCACUGGAUAAUCUAACCGCGAUUACGAGCCGGAGAGAAAUCAACACAAAGAUCGUGGCAGGCACGCUACGCACUGCAAACACGUCUGGGUCCUGAAGAAAUCAGACAUGUGCUUACACAGUUUUUGCAUCUGCAAGUAGGUCUGGAAAAGGAGUUAUGCAUAUGCACCACACGGAGCAUGACGAAUGAUUCUUCGGUGGCCUAUCCAUGCUUAGUCUGAAUGAGGCUUGCCCUCUUCCGGAGACAAAAAUCGAUCAUCUUUUGCUGACCAUGCAGCACAGAUUUUCCCUUGCUUUUCCAGACUCCGCAAUACAAGUUCACAUUCUUCCAGACCCAGACAUAUUUGCACUGGACACGCCGACGGAAUCAAGAGCGCCCCACCAUAGAAACAUAUUCUCGGUCUGCCGUUCCUGCUUCCGCGAAGCCAGCGGAGUAUGAAAUACGAAUAUGUGUCGCUCUGGAAACCUGUGGCUGUGAUGCAGCUGAAUUGUGGAUGAUGAAAACAUCACUUCGAAGCAUUCUACUUGCAGCGAAGCAUGACAAGGUUUUGCAACGCUCGUUGAAGCAUGGCACGCAUAAGAAACACAAAUUGCGUUUUCUGCAUGAAAAGUACGGGUCUUCCUUUGCUGGCCAUGCAACACACAUUCAAAGACGUGCCGCAAACGGAAUGCAAGCUCCACUCAAUUUCCCGACCCAGACAUAUUUGCAGUGAAUACGGGGGGCGGACCUGCAGCGUUGGAAGUCGGGGGACCAACGGGCUCUUCAUCCUACGAGUACGAAGUGCCGCGACAGCUGCAUGCAAAUGGGGACGGCGAAGAUCGCACGGACCACCUACCAGGCAACCCUUUCGCGAGGAUCGAAGCCAUUGGACAGCGCACGAACGUCGUAAGGUAAGUGUAGACUAUAGCCCUGUUGAGUUCUGGAGAAUUACAGCAAUUUGGCCGAUUUGAGUGUGAUGCGAAGAUGUACUAUCGAAGUAGGUAACUGUCGCAACACUCGGAAUCGAAAUGUAAACAGAUACGAAUACCAUGGGGAGCAUCGCAAGGACGAGAGUUUCGCACCAUACCGCCGCUCCUCACAGCAGAAGCACGGGCGUGCAGCUGCUGCAUCUUUCUCUUCCGGCUAACAGGAUAGAAUGACCGGUGAUUGGCAGGAGAGAGCCACGACGAUACGAUGUUGCGAAUAUUUAGUUGUUUGAUCUUGUAUACUUACUUUCGUGAGCACUCUGCAAGAGGACCUUUUGAUUACUUUCAUUACCAAAUCAAGACCUGACGGAAUAAAAAACAACCAUCUGAUCGAAAGCUACUCCAUAAAGAGAAAAUCGCAACUGAAGGUAAAACAACACACACCCACAAUGAACCCACUCAAUGAUUUUUUUGUUAGACUACACUAAGCGCAGAACUAGGUAAUCGAAAUCAGCUCAACGCAGAUAUCAUGGUUUCUGACGCAAU